AUGCCGCCGGGAGAAGCGCUAGAUCCGUUCGCUGUUGUGGUUGACGCCAGCCAGGAGACCUCCCUCGCCAGCAUUUCAACCCAAACGGCGGUGUCCCUCGUGGACCUCCGCCGCCUCAACCCUGGCUUGGCCACACAUGCCUUCGCAGAGCCGCUUCCUGCCGGGACAGUCGUGCACAUGCCGCCGGUUUUGGCACAGCGAGGAAAUCCGUAUGGCAGCUACUUCACUAUCGGCUCCAUGGAGGAGGCAUUGAGGGCACUCGACGCGAAGCUAGACAUGCUGGUAAGGCAGGAGAAGUCACCCCUGCCGGAGUUGCCCGCACGCAAGGUACUCUCAAAGACGGAGCGAAUUGUAACUGUAGUUCGGGAGGAAAGCGAACGACAGCUCGCGCGCAUCAAGGAAGAGUACGCGGAGUGUGGAAAUCGACCGAACCUCCUUCAGUUUCUCGUAGAUGUAGAGCCAGUGAAGCAGCUGCGGGAGGCGGUGGAGCAAGAUUAUGACGGAAACCGGCUCCAGCUUCGGGCUCUGGACAGCGCGAACCAUGAGACUUUCAGCAAGCCGUUGCGUCAUCAAGAGAACGCUGUAACGAGGAGUUCGCGCCAUAUUGUACGGGACACAUCGGAGGACUUCUGUCUGCAGGAACACUCGCACCAAUGGGAGUUCACAUUUCUCGCCCCAGAGUCGUCACUUGAGGUGCAGGACUCAUGGGCCGUGCUCUCCUGUCAAACUCUGGGGGCACUCCUUGACACCUUUGAGUGUCGCAAUUGUCUUCCGGUUAACAUGUCCAAGAACGCGUUCUUGUUUAUUGGUGGGACAUUUUACGUCGACAACCGCCACGCCAGUGUGGAGGGCGAGAAUUAUGAGGACUUGACAGCCGCGAUUCGGCACUUCAGGCCUCUGCAAGGGAAAGACGCCGCUUGCGGGGAAAAUGCCGCAUUUGGCCGCUGCCCCGUAAAGUACGUUUCUCAGACCACCUUCGCCGACCUUGAUGUAAGGCUCGGAGAGUUCGGUGUUCUUCGCCACCUUGGCUGGUGCAACCACUACUUUUACCUGAGCUCGGUGGAAAGCUUGCGUGGCCUCGGGUACCGUUGUCGCGAGAAGGGCGCCUAUCCAUACCGCGUCAUGAAGGCACCGACUCGAGUUGUGCGGUGCCGCAUGUGCCGGCAGUUUCCUGCCACCAUAGCCUGCUACAACGAUGAGCUGUCUCCUGACAGUCCGUGUCCAUACUGCGUGCCCUGCUUUGAGCUGCUGCACGCAACGGAUGAGGGCACUAUCAAGGAGGACAAUUUUAUCGCCAUUAAGCUCCCAGAUGGAAAGUAUUUCACGCUGUGA